AUGAGUCUGACUUCCUCCACUUCAACACGGCUGAUCGUGAAAGCUCCGUAUCAAGACCAGGGCCAAUACCAAAAUCAAUACCAGAAUCAAUACCAGCAGGCACAGCAAUAUCCACCUCAGCACCACCAGCAACAACAGCAACAACCACCACCACAUCAUGCCCCCCAGGGAGCGCCAACAGCAGCAGCAGGGUCUUUUGAUUCAAGCUGGCAUUCCACAGCGGAUGGGAUCUCAUAUUCCAUCACUAACCGUGACACGAAUGCCAUGUUGAACGUGCGUCUACCCCAAGGUGCCGUCAUCAAGUCCAAGCCCGGCGCCAUGAUCCAGAUGUCUCCCACCGUCGUGCUCCAAGGAAAGGUCAAGUUCAGCAUGAAGAAGAUGUUCACGGGCGGGGAAAUGAAUGAAUCCACCUUCACUGGCCCUGGAGAAGUAUCUCUGGCACCUACCUUGUUUGGUGAUAUCACGGCCAUUCCUGUUCGAGGAGAUGAGGGCUGGAAUCUCGGCAAGGAUGCUUUUCUGGCCUGCACGAGUGGAGUUGUGAAGGACACCAAGAGCCAGGGUCUCGGAAAGGCUUUCUUCAGUGGGGAAGACUUGUUCAUCUACCGCAUCUCUGGCCAGGGGACACUCUGGGUCACGUCCUUUGGUGCUAUUGUCACCCGAGAUCUUCAAGCCAACGAACAACACAUUGUUGACAACGGUCAUCUUGUCGCAUGGAACUGCCGAUAUGCCAUUGAAAAGGCCGGCAAAGGAGGUAUUCACAGCGUGACGACCGGCGAGGGUCUUGUUUGUCGAUUUACAGGGCCUGGUAGGAUUUACAUCCAGACCCGGAACCAGGACGAAUUUGGGGACUGGGUAUCUUCGCGGACACAGAGUGGUUGA